AUGAAGAUCAUACUUUCUACUUCAAAUAUAAUGACCGCGGGUCCCUCAGUCAUCCGAUUUUAUACCGCAAAGUCCAACGUCGAACUAAUCAACUCUCUCAAAUCGAAUUUUCAAGCCGCGCAACAGAGCGCCAGUUAUAACGAAAACAAUGGCCAAGCGAACGAUGCAAAUUCAUGGACUAAGAAGGACGGCGACACGUUAUAUAUCCCCGCGAUAGACUUUGCUCAGUCCGGACUACAUGAGGACAGAGCGCAAUACGACAUUACGGUCAAACUAUUCUACCUGCCGGGAAUUCCAGCAUCAAGAAGAUGUGCGCAUACUCGCGAGGCUAUUGAUGUGGUAUUGAAGGAGUUGCAUGUUGAUUCUAUCGACUUAUUGAUCGUCUCAUUUCCAAGCGUGUCAUUCGAUGCCGAUGAUGAACCGGAGGAAGACGACGAGGAAGGAUCAAGGACAGGGAGCGGCAGCAGGGCUAGCGAAAGCACAGAACAAGCCGAUGAUUUUGAAAGCAUAGUCAAAACCUGGCAUACACUGGAAACGUUGGCCGAAAAUGGCAAGAUAGCCCAACUAGGUGUCGCUGAAUUCGGUACGGAACGACUGGCCAAGUUCCUCUCGCAGACGCGCAUCAGACCGUCAGUAGAUCAGAUCAACGUGAAAGACUGCUGCGUCGUGCCGAAAUCACUCAUAUUAUAUGCCAAGCAGGAGAAAAUCCAGCUUCUCACCCACAACGACUGCACUGACAUCUUACCCCGAGGAACAACCCGGGAACUGUUAGGAUCAGGUGACAGCAAUGCUGAAAUAUCAACCUCGGCGCCAGUGCCGGGUGAUUAUUUACAAGGCGACAUCGAGCCUCAGUGGGUGGUUAAGUAUACUGCAGUCGUCAAGGAUCGCGGGGUGAUCGAGAACAAGGGGUAUUUUGCCCUUGCAGAGGUGGGUAGUUGUAUCAAGACUCACGACAGAGCUUGA